GCCACGUUAUUUUGUUAGACAUCGUGAUACCAUCAAGAAGCUGACCUACAAAUUGGGACCUGUGGGAUUUUGUGCUGUGUUUGUGGGAUUGUCAGGGACCUGAUUUCCCCCUGCCUUAACCAUGUGCUUUGUGUUGCAGAAAUUGGCAUGGGCUUAACAGGAUUUGGAGUGUUUUUCCUGUUCUUUGGAAUGAUUCUCUUUUUUGACAAAGCACUGCUGGCUAUUGGAAAUGUUCUGUUUGUGGCUGGCUUGGCUUUUGUAAUUGGUCUUGAAAGAACAUUCAGAUUCUUCUUCCAGAAACAAAAAGUGAAGGCCACUGGAUUUUUCCUGGGUGGUGUGUUCGUGGUCCUUAUUGGUUGGCCUUUGAUAGGCAUGAUCUUCGAAAUUUAUGGAUUCUUUCUUUUGUUCAGGGGCUUCUUUCCUGUGGUCGUUGGUUUUAUCAGAAGAGUGCCUGUCCUUGGAUCCCUCCUAAAUCUACCUGGAAUCAGAUCGUUUGUAGAUAAAGUUGGAGAAAGCAACAAUAUGGUAUAACAGCGAGGGAACUGAAGAUUUUAAAUGCUUUACUAUUUAUAAAACCCUUUGAAGAAUAUCCAGCACAAAGUUAAGUUUCACAAACUAGCUUGUAAAAUCCUUCCAGAAGUCUAAAACAUACACCCUCCAAAGUUUCAACAGUUGCUGAAGAAGCAGUGACAGCAGGCUUGUGGUCAGGAUCUGAGAUCCGCGGCUGGAGAGGAUGAAGCCUUGACGAUGCUUAGUGACUUGAAGGCUGUUUCUUAGUUUUGCUGCAACGUGGGAAACAGCCAUUCAUAGAGAACCAUGGUGUCUGUUACUUUUCUUUUUUUUAGAAGAUUCAGGAACAUAGAUAGGCAUUUGAUUUUUUUUUAUAUAAUGUCUAUUUUGAUGGCCCAGAUAUUUCUAGGUGUGCUGGGUCGCCAAUAAUGAUGCCUGAAUUGGAUUAGAUUAUGUCGUCUCCGUGUAUCAGCCCAGGGAAAGCCCAGUUUCAUGUGUGAAUCACUUUUUUUGUAAACAUGAAAAUAAAACUUUUGUGAUCCUUUUGAAUCUUUAUAUUUUGGAGCCAGAUAAAAAUCCAAACUAGAUACUCCUUUUUGGGAUACGCAGAGGUCAUUCUGAGCUGUUACUUCUUCAGUCAUAGCUGACCAAGUGCUUUCUUGACUCUACAACACUCUGGAUGCGCAGAUCUCUUGAGUGUGGCCUGGGUGUGUUCGUACUAUCUGCUGCACACAGACGCCAAGCACAGAAUUCUGACCGUGGAGUAGUCUCUGCCAAGGGUGUUGGAGAUCUUAAGUGAUGCACACCAGAUGAUUGCUCCCAUGUCAUGCUGUAGUUCUUCCUCCUGUGUUCUGAUGACAUUUGGCCACAGUUUCCCACCUUGGUUUUCAUACCUUGUGGUGGCACUGAAAGUCUGUAGCAUGUCAAAGGCUUGGUUCUGUGACUGUGAAGAGUGCUGUUUAUUUCAUCAUGAUUUUCCUCUUAUUGUAACAUGAUUUUCAGCUUUAUUGUAACAUCCAAAAAUGAGCAUGCACUUCAUCUGCUGCCUGCACUGUUCUCCAUCUUGAGUUAGGAGAGAAGAUACCCCCAGUGACAUGUAAAAACUAUUACAUCAUAACUAAACUGACCAUGGUUCCUCAAAUGCGUGAUGCUGACUUGGGGCAAUCUUGUCAUUCAUUCCCUUCUGUUGCUAGUCUGCCAACAGGAGCAACCAUGGUUUCCUUCCUUCCCCAGGGUGGUAGUUUUCCUGUUGGACAUGGGAGCACUUCCUCAGACGUACUACUAUUUAUCUUACCACUAAUGAUUGCACUAUUUAUUUUUAGCAGUCUCAAAGCUUUUUGAUGCAGAAAAUCAUAAUUGAAAUUGUAUUUAUUUACAAACCAUUUCUACAAGACAUUACAAUUACAAUGUUUGUUGUUUUUAAAUUUCUUGGUGCCAGGAGAAUCCCCAGCCUUGCCGGUCUACAGAAGGAAGGACUGGUUUGUAGUGAGAUGGUUCAUUCUUGUGGAUUACUGUCAUGUUUGGUACUUGGCAUCUGACCUUAUGGUGUAACCUGUGAAAACUCAAUAAGUGGAGAAUCCUACCUCAAUAGCUCAUGGGAUAAUAAAAGACCUGGCGUUGUCUGAUGUUCAUCAAAAAGUCACACCUUCCUGGAAUUUAAUGCUAUGCUUUGAGAACUGACUUGUGUGAGGUGCCCUGUAGACUUACAGGCUUUGGCCCACGUGAUUUACAGUGGCUAGGUGUCACUCUGUUAGAACAGGAGUCUGCCAUUUAAAUCCACAUAGACAUGACCCUAUCAAAGUGGUUUUUGCACUACAGCAAACAUCCCCUUUCAACAUUCUGGUUUCAGGAAACACUGAACCUGAGAAGAUGUGAGAAACUCAUAGGCUUUAGUAAGGCAGAGGACUGGGAUGACUUUCAGUUUCAGGUCAGUCUGCAGUGGACCUGGGACUGCUUGCCAACACUGCACUUCUUAGUCAGAACCUUGAAGAGGCUCUGUUUUUAAAGAAACCAGCCUUUUGACUUCUGUAAGCCCUCUUGUUGAGGGUUCCCUCACCCACCCCUUCUAAAAUCAGCCUCUGUCUUUGUGACAAAAAAAAACCCUUUGAUUAUUCCCCCAGAUGGAAGAAAAGUUCCAGUACUCAGCCUUAAGUGUUUCUGUCAUGUUCAAAUGUAUCUUCUGUAACAGAAACAUGCCUGCAAUGUUUCCCUUACAGUUCUCUGGAGUUCAGCUGCUUUAGAAGUCUCAUGGUCAAAUUAUAUACUCUAACAAUGGCGGAUUGUAAAUACACUUGUCUUACCUCAAUAAAAGGUACUUUUCUAUUCA